AUGCUGCUUUUUUUUUUUUUUUUUUUUUUUUUUUUUUUUUGAAUGCUGAUGUGACUCGUAUGUCAUCUUUUAUACUUCGUUGUCACUGAGGUUUGGCUAAGGGGAGCUAAUUUGAAGGUAGUUUCUAGGACCUCAAAAUCAGAGUCUCAAUCAGCAAGUGCUCCCUGUUAUUCAUUUAAAGCGAUUAGACCAGCAGCGGUGGUAGAGCGUAAUCAGCAACCUUGUGAAAUCUUAAAGGUAAAUCUGCUCUCUUCUCUCUUGCUUUGAUCGCUCUCCUUAAAGGGAUACUCCAGCAUUUUCAACCCAUCUACCACAUCAAUAGCGCAUGUUCGAUUGCCACGGGCAAGAAUUUUGACAUUUCUCUGCAGAAUGGAAAACCUGUUGACACAAAACUCAAGUCAAUUGUUAAAUUCCAUCAGUAAUUCAGAGGUGCCAGCAUUUACAGUUUAGUCGUAGCAUUUGUGAUUUUUAACUCCUUACUAUGGUGAUACUGGAGAUAUACUGAAAACUGGAGAUAUUCCUGAUAGAAGCAAUCAGACAAAAUUCACCCAUGGAUAAAGACAAUUCACUGAAGGGGAAAGGAUGCAGAAUGUGAAAAAUGCAUAGUUGUGGUUACUUUGUGCCAAUGUUAUGUAGGUGAACUUUGACCUGUGAAUUCAUGAGCCUUGGUCUUGUAAGCCAACAGAAAACAAGUAGGCAGGAAUGUAGUCUCUUCGGUUGGUAAAAAAAAAAAAGGAGGAGCUGCUUUUUAUUAAGUAGCACACCAGACUUUUGCCUUCUUCCAGUUGCUUUGUGCACAUCUGAGAAAUAUUAGCCCUCUCAUCCACUGACUGCUGUUUACCGUGUGACUGAGAAAAAUUACUUCAAAACAACAACAUUUACAAGUAAGGCAGACAUGAGGAAAUAUUUCCAAUGUUGGAGCAAUACAGUAAAAUGUCAUUUUGGUUACUUUUCUGAAGGUUUUGUGUAAUUCAAGUGCGAUCAGAACCACUAAUGUGUGGUUGUGGUACCAACUUGCCACACAUUUUCUCUUAUAGGACAAUUCUUAUUAACAAAUUCAUUUGACUAAAGAAUUCAUGAAAGCACUCCACUCAGUUUCUUAACCGAAUUCAGCGACUACCCUUAGUCUUUUGUUACAAGUGAGUUUCUCGUAAGCAGGUUCAGAGAAACACAUUGCAAUUCUUGUCUGUGAUAAUCGCACAUGUGGUACUGGAGUAUUCCUUUAACACACUCUCUCUUGCCCCUACUUCGUUUUCAAUGUGGAAUGAUGAGUUUGUUGUAUGAUAAUGAAUUUUUUUUGUAAUAAAAAAACAACUCAAAGAAUGAAAAACCAUAAAUUUGGUACUAGUCUAUGUACAUUUCGGUUUGUACACUUUUUUGCCUUUUUCAGUGUAUAGUCAGAGGGGUGAGAAUACAUUUUUAGUAUUGAGAUUCUUAUAGACACCAUCAAAAAUGGGCAUAAUUGGCAUUGGGAAAUGAACUCUUGUUAGGGACACAACACGUACUACAUAAAAUGUUUAAGAAUUUAAAAAAAAAAAAAAAAAAAAAGGUUACAGCUAUGAUAAAUCCAGAAGGAUUAUUGAAUCAACUAUAUGCUUCAGUGUGAGUGCCGUUUUUGGAUCUCACAGCUAUAUAAACAUUUCAAGUUUGUAAUCUUGACGUUUUAGGUACUAUUUCUCUAAGAUUGUCCCAUCCAAAAACAGACUACUUGUUUUUGAUCUAGCGUAUCCUUAAGCAUGUCCGUUUUUCAGCUGUCCACAUCUGCCCCACAUCUGGUCACAGAAGGGGUCCCGAAAAAGCAAUACAAUAAAUGGUCUCAAACCUGUGAGGUGUCUAAACUUUGUGCCUUUAAAUCCUUGACGUUCACAGUGCAGUGGUUUGGGAGCAGCUGUGUGUGGCCACAUGGGAGUGAUGUUGAGCCUGUGUGCUUUGGUGGGAUUUAAGAGCAGUUUAAGCUUAACAUCUCAACAACUUCAGUACUUAAUAAACUGAAUAUUAUUAAAAUGCAGCAAACAUUUAAUCAAUGUAAAUGUCAGCAAAGAUACCAUAAAGUAUUUUAUUAUAUUAUAUUCAAACCAAAUCACUGUUUUUGGGGCAAAAAUGUAGUCACAAACCAGCUUGCUGUAUGUGCUACCAACACAUCUCAUUCAUCUAAUCAGCUCAUUAAAAGCCUUUCCUGGGUUGAAAUGUGUGUGUUAGAGCAUCCCAGUACACCACAUAGCGUACAGAUUCCACUGAAAAUGCAUUUUUCAAGGAACAUCUAGCUGUAGCACCACAGACCAAGUCUCAGAAGUGUGAGCUAGAGGUAGGGUUUUUUUAAUUUUUUUAUUUUUAUUUUUUAGAUCCCUCAGAAAAUUUGACCAACCCUGUAGUCAUUAGUUUUAUUUCUAAUCAACUUAGUUGGUUCUGUUUCUUAAAAUAUAAACAAAUUUAGCAAUUUAAACCACAGUGAUCCUGACCAGGAUAAAGUAAUUACAGAAGAUGAAUGAAUGAACGCAGUAAGUGCAUCACGCAUGCCUCUCAAGCAACGUGCCGGGUCCAGUAUGCUCACGUGUGCUUACUUUGUCCUGCAAGUUUCAUAUCUGACAGCCUGGUUACACCCACAUGAGUAAAAAAACGCUCUCUCCUGUGAUAUUUUGGUGAUUCCUGCCAGAUCCCAGUUUAAAUGCCCACCUCUAGUGUGAGCUAACAUGGCAGUAUUGAAGUUAGACCACAGAAUAAUGAAGGUUUCAGUGUUUUUCAUAAAAUUUGUGCUGUAAUCACUUGAUUAGAUUUUAUGUUGUAGACAAUUACUGAACCAUUAACUACAAGUUGGUGAUUUGGUUGCUUAGUGUUGAUUAGGAAUCUAACAGUUGCUAAGUUAGCUAAAAUGGUGGCGAGGCAGCUGACAAUGUUGGCUGAAAGUUUGUUAGUGAAAAUAAUGUUUUUUUUUUUUUGUCCAUAUAAGUUGGCCUAGGUUUCUUUAGAUUUCAUACUAAUUAAAUUGCUGGAAAUGAAGAAUAAAAAGCUAACCUAACAUUUUGAAGGUACACUAGCUUACUGUUUUCAGAUGAAUGUGAUUAAAGAUACAAAAGAUGCAUGCUUGGUGGGACCACUCCAGGCUCGAGGAAAAGUAAAAGAGAAAAGUACUGAGUGCAAAUUUGGUUAAGCUUAGGCACUUCUGACAGUUCUGGCAAUGGCAAGUGUAUUGUGGACCAAAUUUGGGCUAACUAUUAGUAUGCACAUUUAAAGUUUUAUUGGUAUUUGAAACCUCAGCCAAAAACAGUCCAAGUGUAGCCAAUGAUUGUGUGAAAUCCAAUUGAAGUUUGCUCAGAAACGCAGUCUUCAGCAGUAUAUGGGCCAGCAUUGGGUUAUUUCUCAUUUGCUUUCAGUGAAAAGAGCCAAAAUGUUUAAAGCAGUGGAUAGAACCCAGCACUUAGAACUUCCCGGUGCUGCCUCACAGGUCCAGGGUUCCCAGUUUGAUUAGGAGCUCGGGUUACUGUCUGUGUGGAAUUUCUGUGUAUGCUCUCUGUGUCUGUGUGGGGUUCUCCUGGUUCUCCAGUUUCCUACUGUCUUCUAUAAAACAUGCUGGUAGGUGGAUUGGUUGUGUGUGAAUGUGUGCGGCCGACUUGGUGUCCCAUUCAGGGUGUGUUCCUGCUUCACACCCGGUGUUCCCAGGAUUGGCUCAGGCUCCACCGCAACUUAGGCCAGUAAGAUGAAGAUGAAUGAAUAAGGAAAUUUCCAAAUAAACCUUUAUGAUUCUUAAUUUCUUUGCAGCAUUAGCGAAAAUGCCUAAAGAGCCAUCUAUAUACAAUACAGUGCUUUAGGGAACUACAAGUGUUGUGCCUUCCCCUAACAUUCUGCCAAGAGUCUGGAAAUGGAGCAACUCUCGCGAGAGUUCGUCAUCUCGUUCAUCCUCGGGUCAGUUCCACUAACAGCGCGAGAAAUGAAACAGUAACGGCACGCGCUGGUUACAGGCAGGCGGCGAUGUUCCGGAUGAGCUCUUUAUAGAUGUUUUGUUAUUAAUAGUUUGACUUGAGGAAAGUGAGAUAAAGCUCUACAAAUGGACUCGUGUGGGUUUUGGAUCCCGACUGUGUGUCGCACCUGUAAAAUAAUCGUGCUCGGAGACGCGGGUGUGGGAAAGACGAGCCUCACUCACCUCUACUGCACCGGACAGUUCCCCGAGAAAACCGACUCCACCAUCGGCGUGGACUUCCGGGAGAGACUGCUGCACGUGCGGGGCGACAAGAUCAAGGUGCAGUUGUGGGACACGGCGGGUCAGGAGCGUUUUCGGAAGAGCAUGGUACAGCACUACUACCGCAACGUACACGCAGUCGUCUUUGUCUAUGACGUCACUAAUGCGGCUUCGUUCUGCAGUCUGCCCCUCUGGAUGGAGGAGUGUCAGCAGCACUCGCUUGGACCAGAUGUGCCUCGCGUGCUUGUGGCUAACAAGGCCGACUUGGUGACCUUUAGGGUGGCCUCAACCAUCGAGCAAGCACGGCACUUAGCCGAGGUCCACUCAAUGCCCUUCUACCUUUAUUCAGCUAAAGGUGGCAGCAGAGAGCAGUUGGACACCAUCUUCAACAAACUGGUACAGCAGAUAAGUAGGCAACGAGGGAAAGAAGCAGAGGCAGUCAAGAGUAUUAAACUUACUCCAAAAGCCAACCCUGAGGAAGAGAAAAAGGGGAAAUGGACUUGCAACUGCUGAUGGAGGGAUGACGGGUGAAAUGAGGACAUACUGGCAAUCUUUUAUUCCAGACUUCCUCUACACUUCAGGACUGUUUUUAACACAUCCUUGUUGAUUUCUCAUCAAGACUGUGAAAUGCAAAACACCUGCAUUCCAUCAGAGGAAAGAGAAUUGCACUAGCCCUGGGCAUCAAGAACAGUGUAAUUGAAUCAACUGCCUUUGCAAUUUGCACAAUCAUAUCAGCUAAAUAGCCAGUGUAAUAGUUUAGCUGUAAUGCUGUAAUGUAGAAAUGAGUUGAGUUAGCUAAAUAGAGCAUUGCUGUUAUUGACCUUUGAGAUUUUCAUAUCACAGAAGCCUCUUGUAUGUUUUGUUUCUGUAAAUUCAUGUCUUUCAACUUGCCAUUCAAAAGACUUUAGUCAAAUUGAUAUGGAUCAUGUCUCUUAACAAUAUUUACAUUUACAUUUAUGGCAUUUGGCAGACGCCCUUAUCCAGAGCGACUUACAAUAGUAAUAUAAAAUAACCUUUAACCUUGGCUCAAACCUUUUAACAGGUCUUGUAGUUUGGCCAAAGAUGAAAUUUAUCCCUCACCCCCAAAUCAGGCAAUGCAUCUAUGAUGUUUUGAGGUUUGCUACAGAGUUUUACAGAUGUGCAUCAGGACUUGGAUCUCAUUGUACCCAACAAAAACAUUUCAUGUGAGUGGGUGCGGGCGAUGAUAUGUGAAACUCGCAGGACAAAGAAAAGCCAUGUUCAUUAACACAGGAGGGUACUGGUUGCUCACGUGGCACUGUGCGAUGCUUUUAUUGCAUUCAUUCAUCCAUUCAUUCAUUCAUUCAUUCACUCGUCUUUAGUUGAACACGCGAGAUUGGUAAAACUUGUACGGAAGUGGGCGGGUUGGUCCAACUUAUUGAUGCCAGUUCAGAUUUUGUGCAAACUGCUGGUCUAAAGCUGCUUUCAGAAAGACUUUUUGGAAUCUGUUUAAAAAUUGCACCACUGCUGUCAUCUCUUCAAAAUGUUUGCUGUAUUUGUACUUUUGAAGGAAUGUCCACUGACAUAUACAUGUGUCAGCACAUAGGAAAAAUCACCUAGAUAAAGUCAGCAUUUCCCCUUCAGAGAAAUGGCUUUUUCAGCACGUUAGUCAAAACCAACAACAACAAAAAAUGUGUCUUGGCUGAUUCAUUACAUUUGCAGUAAAGAGAAAAUUGUAUGGAUUUUAUUUUUGGUGAAAUCAUUGUUGUGAUCUGCAUUAAUCAAAGAAAUAAAUGCCAAAUAUCUCCUGAUUAUGCUGGAGUGAUGGACACAUCAUAUCGUAUCAUGUCAUUGAUCUGUUAAACUCAUUCAGUUGUUCUGCUUGAAAUUAUUUAGUCACUACUGCAGUAUUGAUGAUGUGAAAGGUUGUUGCUCAGUACUUGCUUGAACUAAUAUACCAGUUUAUUUUGGCACACAGACUGUUUUGUCUCAGUCUCUGACUAAUUUAUUCUGAAAAGUCUCACUCAAUCAUAGCCUAAAGCUGACAUUCUGGACCUUAACCUCAUGGUCAUUUCAUUCCACUAUCACAUUAUAGCUUGAAUAAACAGAAAUAAAAAAGUGUGUAUUUCAUUUCAA